CCCGCCCCUGCCGGGUAUCCUCCGAGCUCUCCGCGCUUCGGGGCGGCGGGGGCGCACGGGGACUGCCCGGGACGGCGCGAUGGAGUCGAGCGGAGGCCGCGCGGAGGGCUCGGCCCGCGGCCCGCGGGUGCUGGUGGUGGGCAGCGGUAUCGCGGGGCUGGGCGCCGCGCAGAGGCUCUGCCGCCACCCGGCCUUCCGGCAGCUGCGGGUCCUGGAGGCCACUGCCCGCGCCGGCGGCCGCAUCCGCUCGGAGCGCGGCUUCGGUGGUGUGGUAGAGCUGGGUGCCCACUGGAUCCACGGGCCCUCACAGGGCAACCCGGUCUUUCAGCUGGCUGCCAAGUACCAGCUGCUGAGGGAGAAGGACUUGUCAGAGGAGAACCAGCUGAUUGAAACUGGGGGUCAUGUGGGCCUGCCCUCCGUGUCCUAUGCCAGCUCUGGGGUAAGUGUGAGCCGUGAGCUGGUAGUGGAGAUGGCGAGUCUGUUCUAUGGUCUCAUAGACCAGACUCGGGAGUUCCUACACACGGCCGACGCCCCAGUGCCCAGUGUUGGGGAGUACCUCAAGAAGGAGAUCCGUCAGCGCGCGGCUGGCUGGACAGAGGAUGAGGAGAGCAGGAAGCUCAAGCUGGCCGUCCUCAACAGCUUCUUCAAUGUGGAGUGCUGUGUGAGCGGGACCCACAGCAUGGACCUGGUGGCCCUCGUGCCCUUCGGGGAGUACACCGUGCUGCCUGGGCUGGACUGCACCUUUCCUGGGGGCUACCAGGGGCUCACAAACCACAUAAUGGCCUCCUUGCCAGAGGACGUGAUUGUUUUUAACAAGCCUGUGAAGACCAUUCACUGGAACGGGUCCUUCCAGGAAGCCUUGUCUCUUGGGGAGACGUUUCCAGUGUUGGUGGAGUGCGAGGACGGAGCCUGCUUCCCUGCACAUCACGUCAUCGUCACUGUGCCCUUAGGUUUUCUUAAAGAACAUCUGGACACCUUCUUUGAACCACCACUGCCCACUGAGAAGGCAGAAGCGAUCAGGAAAAUGGGCUUUGGGACCAACAAUAAAAUCUUCCUGGAGUUUGAGGAGCCCUUCUGGGAGCCAGACUGCCAGUACAUCCAGGUGGUGUGGGAGGACACGUCACCCCUGGAGGACGUCGCGUCUGAGCUGCGGCACGUCUGGUUCAAGAAGCUCAUUGGCUUUUUGGUCCUGCCUUCCUUUGACUCGGCUCUCAAGGCUGUCGGAAGGCGGUGGGGCCGUGUCUCGUUCCACUUGAAGCGGAUGAAACAUCUCGACUCAGACACGCAGUCUGGAGAAGGGGUUGUGCUUAGUCUUCAGAUGGUUGUGGGUGUUCUGUGAAAUGGCACCGAAACUGAAGACGCAGUCGCUCCUCCUGGGUCAGGCACCAUCUGGAGUCUGGAGGCUCGUCCUGGACGUCUGUGCUCCGAACUCUGCUGCCUGCGCUGCACGUUGAAUGGGUCUUGCACACGUCCCUAGCUUGGGCACUCCAGACACUGAUCUGUUUCAUGUACGACCUCAAAGGAUUACGUUUAUUAAUAUCACCACGGAUCUCAGGAAAGUCUCUUGGUAUUGGGAACCUAUCAAGCUGUUGGUGGCAGAUACAAGUUUUCUAAAAAUUGUAAUUUUUGCUUGAGCGCUUAAAUUUCUUCCUUGGCAGUAAAUGAUUGCAGUUGUUUUUCUCGUGAUGGACACACUGCUCGUUUUCGAGAACCUGCCUGCCACACACCCAAGCUUGAAUACUGGCCGCAUUCUCUCAAGUAGAAACGGUGUUUGUGAGAGGAGCUACGCAGUUGGCAACUCCAGCCACCGCCCAGGGCUGUCCUGAAGACGGCGCCACACCAGUGUGCAGCAGAAGUGCUUUGUGCCGGAUCUCGUUUUGUCACGAAGAAUGUGAGCGGCGUGCAGUCAGGACUUGAGGUUUGAUACAGUUAAUGGCGUGGGCGGCUUCAUCUAGGACGUUCCCAAGUGAAUUUGGUGUUUUUGUUCAUCUGUUUAUUUUUCAUGGGGCACGUGUCACAGCAGAACACCAUGUGCUGGUCCCAUUUCUGCGAAGGGACAGCCGUUCACUCCUGUGGGCCUUGCACGCCAGUGUGGAUGUUGACAGAGUAGGAAAAGCAAACACUGUCUCAGCGUUGUGGAAAGGGUUGUGGCCUCACAGUCCCUGGGGGCUGGAACUCCGGAGGGUGGGCUGUGGGCCGCACCUGCUGUCGGGGUACUGCGGGGGCUGAGCACAGGUGAGCCGGCUGCAAGUCGUUUCAGCGUGUGUCUCCCCAGCAGGUCUGUCCACGUCCUCUGCGGCUUCAUCGCCGG